CACGCCGCUAUUUACCGGAGGCCCGAUGAGGACGUCCCGUCAGCUCACCGUGGACUGAAAACUCCCCACGCAGCCUUCUUUUCACAUGUUUAAUUAGUAUUAUUGCGUCUCCAUACGUCUCCCGGUCUGAAAUAGAGCCAUGAAUCCUGACAUUUUAAAAGAGCGGCACAGCGCCACAUUCGACGUCGACAAGCUCACCUAUAUUGUGGACGGGGGUGCAGAAAAGACCAAAAGAAGACGAGAAAUAGAGUCCAUGGUUUUCAGCGACCCGGACUUUGACGAAGUGGAUCCAAACUUCCUGUCCGGCAGUGAACGCUAUGACCAGUCUGUCAGGAAAAGUGCUCUUAUGGUCCUGAAGAUGAGAGAGUAUGGCGUCGCCGACCCAGACGACAUCAUGUACUACAAGAGAUGUGUGCAUCGUGAAAGGCCAGAGCCCCUGGAUCUCCAUCUGGGGAUGUUCCUGCCCACACUCCUCAACCAGUCCACGCCAGAGCAAAUGGACCGCUUCUUCAUGCCCGCCUGGAACUUUGAGGUCGUCGGCACCUACGCUCAAACGGAGAUGGGCCAUGGCACACACCUCAGAGGGCUGGAGACCACGGCCACGUACGACCCGUCCACGCAGGAGUUUGUGAUGAACAGUCCCACUGUCAGCUCCAUCAAGUGGUGGCCCGGAGGACUUGGAAAGACCUCAAACCACGCUAUAGUUUUGGCCCAGCUUCACACUCGUGGAAACUGUCAUGGUCUGCACGCUUUCAUCGUCCCCCUCAGAGACAUGAACACACACCAGCCUCUGCCAGGUAUUGUAGUCGGAGAUAUCGGCCCCAAGUUUGGCUUUCACGAAGUCGACAACGGCUUUCUGAAGUUGGAGAACGUGCGAAUACCACGGGAAAACAUGCUGAUGAAAUACUCCAAGGUGGAGCCAGAUGGAACUUAUUUGAAGCCACCAAGUGACAAACUCACCUACGGCACCAUGGUGUUCAUCCGCGCCUACAUUGUGUCCGAGUCGGCCCGUGCGCUCUCCAAGGCCUGCACCAUCGCCAUCCGCUACAGCGUGGUCCGUCACCAGUCUGAGAUCCGACCGGGUAAGCCGGAGCCUCAGAUCCUGGAGUACCAGACGCAGCAGUAUAAGCUGUUCCCUCUGCUGGCCACGGCCUACGCCUUCACUUUUGUUGGCCAGUACAUGAAGAACACCUAUCAGCGCAUCAGUGGAGACAUCAGCCAGGGCGACUUCAGUGAGCUCCCAGAGCUCCACGCUCUCACUGCGGGUUUGAAAGCCUUCACUACAUGGGAGGCCAACUCUGCCAUCGAGGUGUGCCGCAUGUCUUGCGGCGGCCACGGUUACUCCCGAAGCAGCGCCCUGCCUGACAUUUACGUGAACUUCACACCGGCCUGCACGUACGAGGGGGAAAACACCGUCAUGAUGCUGCAGACUGCCAGAUACCUGGUAAAGAGCUACAGACAGGCGAAGGACGGCCAGCGGCUGAGCGGCACUGUGUCGUACCUGAACGACAUAGGAACCCGGAGGGUGCAGCCCCAGCCCGUCUCCGCCCGACCAGUCGUGGUCGACAUCAAUGACCUGAGCAGCCUGGUGGAGAUCUACAAACUGCGAGCGUCCAUUCUGGUGGAGCUAGCUGCAAAGAGCAUCCAGCAGGAGCUGCAGCGCAGGAAGUGCCAGGAGGAGGCCUGGAACAACAGCUCCAUCGACCUGGUCAGAGCCUCGGAUGCUCACUGCCACUAUGUUGUGGUGAAACUCUUCACUGACAAGCUGGCUGAGGUUGGAGACACAGCGAUUCACUCAGUCUUGUCGACGCUGGCUCUGCUCUACGCUCUGCACGGCAUCACCAGGAACUCUGGGGACUUCCUGCAGGCGGGCCUGCUGAGCGUGCCCCAGACGCAGCAGAUCCCCAGUCGUAUCAAGGAGCUGCUGUCCCAGCUGAGGCCCAACGCCGUGGCUCUGGUCGACGCCUUCGACAUCAGCGACAAGACGCUGCGAUCGGUCCUGGGACGAUACGACGGCAACGUUUAUGAGAACAUGUUUGAGUGGGCUCGCAGCUCACCUCUGAACGCCACAGAGGUCCAUGAAUCCUACUACAAGUAUUUGAAGCCUCUGCGAUCCAAGCUGUGAACCGACCCAGAGCGUAAACCCCCUUCAGCUCUCCUCACAGGCUCAACAGCAGCAGCCUCUCAUAUCAAAGCCACUAUCUUCUCUAGCUUUAAUCAGCUUGUAGUUAUCAGAAUAUUAGCUCGAACCCACUCCUUCUCUUUCUCUUUGCAGUAGUUUCGAUCUCAGUCGACCUCUCUAAAGACCACGGAACCAUGUUGAUGAAAAGAUAAUGAAAAUGAACCAGUCAUGGCUUUAAGAGACAGUGUAUUGUUGAUCAUUUUCUCCAUAUUUUUUAAAAUAAAAAUUAUGUCGUUUUCACUUUAGCCACAGGACCAAAGAGGACAGGCUCCACAUCCCUUGGCCUUCCUUCACCACACUUCCGUCAGUAUAAUGGAAUCAGAAAUGUGAGCGAUCGACAAAUUCUGAAAGCUUAUUUGGAUGCUGUAUGCAAGAUUUAUUGACAUUCAGUCCACUCAGGCCCAAAUCUGAGCCAUUCAGUUUGAGGAUGGGAAUGAAAGUGGGAAAUGAGAAUACAGCACAGAGAGUGGGAAGACGAGUUUGCCAAGGGAAAUACGAGCAAAGCCAAGAACGAAAAUGAACGUGAACUGAUGAACCUGCAUAAAAUAGCAGAAGCAACAAGGCAUUGAUUACAGUUGUCGAUCGACGUGUGCUCUCAUCUGAGCUGCUGUUUUAUCAUCUCCUCGGUUCACUUCGUACUGCGUGCCUGAAGCCUUUCUUACUGUGAACCCAUCAGGAAUACGAUACUGAACAGAAUGUCGCUAUAGAUGUUACAUAACUUUUGGAAAAACACCGUUUUGGCUGAUUCCCCCUGACAACAAAGACCAUCAUGUUGCUCAAAGACACUGCGCUCAUUGUUCUUCUGGUUUUUAGAACGGUAGUAAUUUACGACAUGUAUCAAUGGAUGCUGGCAUCAAGAAAGAAUUCUGCAAGAUUGAUGAUACAGUUAUGAGUCAUUGGUCUGACAGUUCAUGAUUCACAUGAUGAGAUGAGGUCAGUAGACAGCUGAGAUGCCACCCACAGUUCUGUCUGACACACACACACACACACACACACACACAUACAAACAAAGAUAGUAAUGCAAAACUAUUGGGGGAUUUUAAUUCAUCAUCAUUUCAGCUGAUCAAACCUUCUACAUGCACCAUGCCUGUUGGGUCAUUUAGAACGAAUGAUUGCAUUAAUCUGUGCCGUUAGACACGUAACCCGUGAGUGCGAAGUCCCAGUGAAAAACAGGCCGGUUGAAUUCCCGGUCACAUACGCACAGUGCGUGUGCAUUAGUGUCCUCCUCCCUGCUGUGUGGGGUCGUUGUGAUUUUAAGAAAAGGUCACGCCUGUAGUAGUCAUCUUCUGGAGUGAUUCUCGCUGCUUUGUUCCAGUAGUUUCAGAACGUUCAAUCUUAAGUUUUGGAAUAAUUAAUCACAACUAUUGUUUGGUACAAUUGUUUUAUUUGUGUAUCGUUAGUUUUUACAGUCGGAAUUAGCUGUACAGAUGAUUUGUGUUGUAAUAAUGUGCCUGAAGUUUCCUCUUAUUCACGUCACUAAUGGAGAAUGUUCUUUGACUUGAGCGCUUCACAAACCUUCAAUCUUUCAGUGGUUGAGUUUCUACUGUAACAAUGUACUUAUCAGAGAAUGACAACUAUGAGUGAUCAUUUUUCAACAUGUAUUAUUGAUUAAUAAUGAAUUAAAAUGUUUUUUUCUGAACUAUAUUAAUAAUAAAAACCCUUAA